UGUGUUCCUCUUUUCCUAUUUGUUGUGUUUUUUGUGGAUUUCUUGUUCUUUUUUUCCCGAAAAGUAAGGGUCUUUCCGAUGAUUUAGGAUUUCUUGGGCUUCUUGGGCUUCUUGGUGGUGAAAUUUGCUUAAUUUGAAUGCGAUUUUUGCGUGGUUUUAUGUAUUUUGCUAAUUUGGAUGAUGGUUCGAUGCAACGAUCCAAAAUUCGUAUAAUUUUUGGGGUAUAAUCGAUAGGAUUAGUAGAAUUGCUCAUUUUGUUAUGCCCAAAUGUUCACGAAGAAACUUAGGGUUACGAAGUUCCAAUUUUGGGGUAUUUACUUGGAUAUGAUUAGUUAGGGCUUUUGUAUUCUCAGGAUACGAUGAUCGUAAUAGCAACAGAGGAAAUUAUGUGUCGUUUAUGUGAAAUUUGUUCUCAAGAUUAUGAUUUGCACAUGGUGGAUAUAAUUUUACCACAUUAGUUUAAGAUCCAUGCGAAAGAAACUCUGAAGAUAAUUGUUACAAAAAGUAAGCAUCUCCAUUUCCCACCUAAGUAAAUAUGUAUAUAUGAUUUGUUCUCUAACUAUGACUAUUUGGCAUUUGAAUCGACGUCUGUUGCCGCACAUUUCCUAUUUUUAUUUUACAUGAAAUACGUUUCACGUGCUGCUUUUGUAUAAAUAACUAUUCAAAGAACGGCCGCAUACUGAUUAUCGCUCAUUUUGACAUAAAGAAUCCGUGUUCAAUAAUCUUGAUGAGGAUAUUCAUAGAUCUGACCUGGUAUUCUUCAAGGAGGUUACAAAGUAAAAAUUGAUGAUUAUGUGUGAGCAAGAUCCCGAUCUUGUCCGGUGGGGUCUCCAUCUUCUUCAAGGGGACCCAUCUGCCGAUUCUGUGGAUUGUGGGAGCACAAGUCAAAUUGAUGUCAGUAUAUACAACGGAGAUUACACCGGUGAAAGUAAACAUGGAACAGAUCACUCUGUAGUGGAGAACGAUGAGAUUAUUGCACAUGUUUACCAGGAAGAACUUUCUCAGGUUGCAUUCGCUGAAGCAUCUGGAUAUUCACAUGCAGAUCAACAACAACUGCAUGCAUCCAUUCUCAUGCAAGAUUGGUCUGGCCCACCUAUGAGUCAGCUAGUUUCGGUGGAAGGUGGGGAAGAUAUGGGAACCACCAGUUCUUGUUCAAGUCCUGGUGAAAAGUCGCAUGAUGACAAUACAGUGUUUAUAGAGCUCACGGAUGACUUUUCUGCUUUAGAUGGUGAAGUAGGCAAAAGAUUCGAUCGACUAGUUCCUAUUGCUCACGUUCCUAGGAUAAAUGGAGAAAUUCCUUCUGUUGAUGAAGCCACUUCAGAUCACCAAAGGCUUCUUGGAAGGUUGCAGUUAUAUGAUUUGGUUGAACGUAAGGUUCAGGGAGAUGGUAAUUGCCAGUUCAGAGCGCUGUCAGAUCAGUUUUACCGUACUACUGAACACCAUGAUUUUGUGAGGCAGCAAGUUGUCAAUCAGCUAAAGUCUCACCGAGAGAUGUAUGAAGGAUAUGUUCCUAUGGCCUAUGAUGACUAUCUGGAAAAGAUGUCCAAGAGUGGUGAAUGGGGUGAUCACGUCACAUUACAAGCUGCUGCUGACUCGAAAUUUUGUUAUAUACGUCUGCGUUGUGGUUGAUAUGGGGGGGGUUAUUUGCGUAGUCAUCGCCAUUAAAGGAUUCUUUUUGAAAAGUUGGUUCAAAUGCUGAGCCUUUGAACCACUAAUAAAAGCAUCUUUGUCGACUGAUGAUUUAUGAGUAUAAUUGGUUUAUUGUAAUGAAGACUAUUUGUAUAGCAGCCAUCUGAGUAGCCUAAUAGUAGGUGAAGGACAGGCUUUGGUGUUCUAAAGGAAAGGUAGGUACUGUGACUUUUAUAUUGUUUUGGUACUAUUGAAAUGGGGCCUAACAGACUGAAACAUUUCUCUUUGCUACUUAUCGUGAUGGAGAAAAUCUAUAUCCAUUUGAUAUUUAUAGAAAGAUUCCUUUUUAACCCAUGUGUUAUGGCUAAGUAGACCACAUUCAUUAUCCAUACUAAAAAAAAAAAGAAAACCUACGUUUGCUUGUAGUUGCAGACCAUAUAUGAUUAUAACAUUACUACAUUGGGAUAGGUUCUUUAUCUUGCUAUACAAGGUUUUGGGACUUGUCCCAAUUAUUUUCUGCAUGCACUGAGUUCUCACUAACUGUAUUUAUCUAGUUUUAGUUCUCUUUGUUUAGCUUUUCAAGGUAAUGGUGCUUUUUAGCUAUGUUCUCCGUAUUUCUUUAACCAUAUUUCAGACCAACAUAGAUACACCGUCGCUAGUGCACACUGUUUACUUGUGUCUUUUAGUACAUUUCUUCAACUUGUGGUUUUCUUGUGGUUUUGUGCUGUCAUACACAGUUCUUCUGCUUGUAGGAUACAACAGAGAUGUAGUGGUGCAUGCGAUCUGUAUUAGUUUGUGUUUAUCUUAACAACACGAGAAAUUUAUUAUGGCCAACUAAAGUUUAGAGAUUUUAUUAGCGUUGGCAAAAGGUUGCUCUAUGCUGUAAUAUUAGAACAUUCCUCUCACCGUAUCAAAUGCUUUUUGUUCCAAAACAUGGUAUAUCUAGAAAAUUCAUUAUUUAUUUUCAAAUAGAUUCAUGAGUUACUAGGCUUUUGUACAUUUUUAAGGACUUUUAUGCUUUCAAUAUGUCCUAAUAUUUGUGCUGAUUUUGU